UCAGUAUGUCUGACAUUUCGUCAAAGGCGGUGCAUGACGGGUUGUCUGCCAAAUAUGAUGGGAAACAAAUCAUAUCAUUGGAAAUGUAUAUGUAAUCAACGAAUAGACGAUAGCUUGUCAGGAUAGAGAGAGUCUGGCUUUACGUAAUUGUUUCAAAGGUGCACAUUCUAAAACGCCUAGAUGCAUUCUCUGUCCAUGGGGCAGGGCUGUAGCAGCAGCUCAGGUGCCCCCUCUGGCUCGGUGGUACAGGUGUGCUUCCCCAGCUCCCAGGCGUCUGUACUGGACAGCCUGAACAGGCAGCGCGAGGAGGGCCAGCUCUGUGACCUCUCCAUCCAGGUCCAGGGGCAGGUGUUCAAGGCCCACCGCUGUGUGCUAGCUGCAUCCUCACCCUACUUUCACGACCAGGUGCUCUUGAAGAACAUGUCCACCGUCUCCAUCCCUGCCGUCAUGGACCCACUGGCGUUCGAGAGCGUCCUGAGCUGCGCCUACACGGGCCAGCUGCGCAUGCUCCGCGAAGACAUCGUCAACUACCUCACCGUGGGCAGCGUUCUGCAGAUGUGGCACAUCGUGGACAAGUGCACAGAGCUCCUCAAAGAGGGGCGGGUGACGGGGAGUGGUAGUGAAACCCAGGGUGUCAUUGGGGGAGCGCAGGGGAACCCUGGAUGCAGUAGCAGUGAAAGCUCCCUAGGGGCUGGGAGUGCCCAAGCUGGGGGAAGCAACACCCAGCCAGCCCCUCCCCCUCCCAGCCGCUCGUCCCUGAGUGAGAGCCAGUCUCCCAGCAGCACCAACUACUUCAGCCCCAGAGACACUAACUUCGGAGGGGGAGCGGCGGCCGCUGGAGCUGCAGGGGAGGGAGGCGUGAACUCCACCCCCAGCUACUGCACCCCUUCUGGGGGCGAAGAGGCUUUCCUCAUCGAAGAAGAGGAUGAAGAGGAAGAAGAGCUCCUAUACCAUAGGAAGCGAGGGAGCAGCAGGAGGAAGCCGACAGCCUCUGUCUCAGACCAAGAGGUUGGAGUCAGCGACAGCUUCGGGGUGUCGUCCUACCAAGACGGGGAUGCCUCCCCUCUCCAGAAGCGGCCCACAUACAGCCAGCCCAGCAUCAUGCCCCGGAAGCAAUGGGUGGUGGUAAAAACAGAGAGGCCCCAGGACGAUGACCUGAUCGUGGUGUCGGGUGAGGAAGGACCAGAUGAGGAAGAGGAGAGAGGGUUGGAGAUGCUGAGGGAGAGGGAGAGGACGUUCAACAUAUCCAACAUUAGGACUCUGUCUGGAGAGUUGAGCAGCAAAGCGGACCAUGAGAUGGAGACACAGAUGGAUUACUGCCAGUCUUCUGAAGACUACCUCAAGUUUGACAGUGGUUUGAUGGACCAGACUCCCCCACAGCACCUUCAUGACAGCGCUGGUCAGGGUGGUGGCAGAACUGUCUCAGCCCUACUAGGCCAAGUCCAGUCUGCUGCUGCUGCUAGAGCUCAGCUCUUUCCCAUAGACAUGCAAGGCAACCAGAUCCUCAUGUACAGACAAUCCUCUCUAGAUUCCUCUCAACCCAUAGGAAUGGGAGGUGGUAUGGCCGGGGCACAAUUUAAAGGGCCAAACCUGGAGCAUGGAGCAGUCCAUUUGUCAGCACAGGGGGGUUUGGGCGGUGGCUUAGAUGGACUGGACGGGGGUGGUGGCGGGAGUUCAGGGAAGGUGUUCAUGUGCCACUGUGGAAAGACCUUCACCCACAAGAGCAUGCGCGACCGUCACAUCAACAUGCACCUGGACCUGCGGCCUUUCAACUGCCCGGUUUGCGCCAAGAAGUUCAAGAUGAAGCACCACCUGACGGAGCACAUGAAGACCCACACGGGGCUCAAGCCCUACGACUGCCACGGCUGCGGCAAGAAGUUCAUGUGGCGCGACAGUUUCAUGCGGCACCGCUCCCACUGCGAGGGACGGAGCGGAGCGGCUGGCAGGAGCGAGGAUGGGGGAGGGUCAGACCGCGCUGAUGGGAUCUCCCCACAGCAUCUCCCUCAUCUCCCUCUCUCGAUCAGCGAGGCCGGUCACGGUGUCGUUGGUGGCAGGAAUGGGAACUCUGUCUUGUCCCCACAUCAUUCCAGUACAGGUAGCAGCAGUAAUGCUGUCUCUUGCCUGACCAUGGCCAGUUCUGGAGUGCUCUUAGGGGUCAACUCUCAGAGCGUGAUGCAGGGUCAAGGUUCAUCUGUGUUUGGUCUGGGUGUCAGCCGAGGUGGGUGUGAGGAGGAAGUGUGUGAGGUUGGUGCUAAUGAUAGUGUCACUUAAACACUCGUGUUGUUCACCCGUUUGGUUAAGACAAGAGGCUUUGAAAAGGCAUUCCAAUGACCAUUGGAAAGUGCCCCCCUUUGGCAAAUGGCUCGGGACCAUUGUACAGUUAGUUCAGUAUACUCUUAAAUGUCAAGUUUAUUCUCUGUAUGACUGUUUAGUGGCACAUUCUAUGUCAAGAAAACCAAAAAUCAAGAGACAAUAACUCACCAAUGACAGCUUUGGCAAAAUGCUAACUAGAGUUCGAGAGGAAAGUUGCUGUUGUAAGUGAUGUGUCCUAUGAUAUUAUACGCCUUUUCUGCCAGAGAAUGUGCAUUUCAAGUAAGUGUCUGAAGAAGACACUUGCAGUACUGCCAUCUUGUUUCACACUGGUGAUGUGUCCACUAUCCAAUUGCAGUGUUAUGGUACAGUAUUACUGUAAAUAUAAUCCUAUUAUCAGUUACUAAUCUGUUACCAUUAUGAUAGGUGCAAAACUAUACAGUGUAUAGUGUGUUUUUACAAGUAAUCCUCAUAAGUAGAUGGUAGACAAAAGCAUUAGUCUGGAGAUUAGGUUUCUUACCGAUCGUUCCCUACUCAAACUGCCAAAUUCCAACGCCUGCCUUGAGACAUUGACUACUAUUAACAGUAGGGUGGCUAAACAAAGCAGCAGCCACCGUGAUUCUGUAUGUUUUUAACCGAGGUUUUACCUUCUAUGAAGGCUCUAGAUGUAUUUUUCUGCAGGAGAAAAAAACUGGUCUGGAUCUAAGAGAAAGACGUGGUGUUUUUAGUUUAUACUUAUCUGUUAGGUCAGGAUUGGUCAAAUGUAUGAAAGAUGUAAGCUCGUGUUUGCAGCAGUUUGAUGGAUGAAAUUUGAUUUGAAGUGAGCUUAAACUAAGUGUAUAUAAAGAUAUUUAUGUUUAGAUAGAUUUAUCAAAUAGGGAAUAUAGAACUAUUUAACUCUAAUUUGUCAUUUGACUGCCUUACUAUAGCAUACAGUGGGCGUAAGGUUAGAAAUUGACACCCUUGAUAAAGAUGAGCAACAAAUGACUGUAAAGUAAUUGAAAUACUGAGCUAUAUUGUAUCCCCCCCCCAAAAAAAAGAUAAUUGGGAAAUGAUUUUAUACUGAUACAAUUGCUCAGAGAUUUUGUUUAACAAGUAAUAUUCAUUCUCAAAAGGUAGGGCUCAAACUUAUUGACACCCCUGUUUUCAGUACCUUGCGAGGAUAACAGCACUGAACCUUUCUCUAAAAUGGUUUAUGAGUUGGAGAACACGUUAUGAGGGAUCUUGGACCAUUCCCCCAUACGAAAUCCAUCCAGAUCCUUGAUAUCCGUUGUCUGUGCUUAUGUCAAGUCCGGAGACAGACUUUAAGGUAAACACGGCAUCAUGAACUUUACCCAGAACCAGGAAAUGUAUGCCAAAAACCUGGUUACCUCCAGUGGUGUAAAGUACUUUUUUAAAGUUUUUUGUUGUUGUGAAUAUCUGUACUUUACUAUUUAUGACAACUUUUACUUCUACAUUCCUAAAUAGAAUAAUGUACUUUUACCUCCAUAAAUUCCCUGACACCCAAAAGUACAUUACAUUUGGAAUGCUUAGCAGGACAGAGAAAUGGUUAAAUUCACACACUUAUCAAGAGAACAUCCCUACUGCCUCAAUCUGGUGGACUCACGAAACACAAAUGCUUCAUUUGUAAAUUGUUGGUGUGCUCCUGGCUAUUCAUACAUUUUUUUUUAAAGAAAAUGGUGCUGUCAGGUUUGCUUAAUAUAAGGAAUUUGAAAUGAUUUAUGGUUUUACUUUUGAUACUUAGUAUAUUUUUGCAAUUACAUUUACUUUAUAUUUAAAACAAAACACUUUUACUCAAGUAGUAUUUUACUGGGUGACUUUCACUUUAGUCAUUUUCAUAUUUAAGGUAUUUUUAAUUUGACUAAAGUAUGAGUAUUGGGGACAUUUUCCACCACUGGAUGCCUCUGCCAGGAAUAUAAAACUGGUCCACAAGUGGAUCUUCCAGCAAAACAAUAACCCCAAGCACACAUCAAAAUCCACAAAGGGUUAAUUAAAAAAGAAAACUUCAACAGCCAUCUGUCUCCAGACUUAAACCAUUGAAAACCCUGUGGUUUGUAUUGAAGAGGGCAGUCCAUAAAUGCAGACAAAGGAUCUGGAAGGAUCCUGUAUGGUGGAAUGGUCUAAGAUUCCUUCCAAUGUGUUCUCCAACUCAUAGCAUUUUUUUGAUAACAGUUCAGUGCCAUUAUCCCCACAAGGUGAGGUAUUGAAAACAGGUAUACAUUUUUUACCCUUAGAAAAUAAAGUAUUAAACAAAAAGCAAUUUCUCUGAGCAAUUGUAUUAGUAUAAAAUAAUAAUUUCCCUUUUUUGUUACAUACAAUAUAGCUCAGUAUUUGAAUUGUCAUUUUUGCUGAACUUUAUCAAGGUUGUCUAAUUUCAGACUUCACUGUAUUUAGAGAUAAAGUGCUUCUGGUCAAUAGUGAUUAUUGUAUUGACAGGUGUGAGUCACAGGCUCAAAAGAAAGAAGUCUAGACUCCCUCUUAAUAGUCAAGUUGGCUGCUAUUUGUGUGGGACUGAAAGGGAAUUCCAUUGACUGUUCAAUAACUUGCCUGGCUGCAUUUCAUAGCAUUUACACCACAUAAUAAUGAAUUCAACUUCUUGUACUGUAGCACCUUUUCAUCCAAUCUCAAAGUUCGUACCAUUGUUUGAGGCUUAGCAGCCGUUAUUCAGUUGUCAUCUUUAUGGCAGGACAAAUACCUUUUUUUCAUCAAGGGAAAAAUGUAGAAAGCUUGUAGCUGCUGCACACUAGGUCUGACACAACGCUACUGUUCUUUGCAUCUUCUGAAUAGUGCAUAUUUUGGGUUACAUUUGAUUUGAUAUUGAACACAUGAUUGUUGUUGCACAUGCUUAUAGAGCCGGAGUUGUCUUUCUUGGCCUACGGUAACAAUGUCUAAGUACAUCAAUGUUAUCUUUACUAAUCUGUAUCAAAAGGCUAAAAUAAAACUGGUGUAAUUUA